AGCUCAACCCGGAGCUCUCUCGUAACCCGGCUGCCCCGACACGGCGAGGGGCAGCUGCGGGACCCAUGGGAUGAUGGUGGUCACCAUGCAGCCCCGAGCCCAGCUGCUGAUGAAGCCGUUCAUACCGUGACUCAGCACCACGGAGCGGGGAUGCGGCAGGUACGAGGGUCCUCUGAAACAAAGGGGGCUCCGGCUGCCUUAGUCCCGCCGUUUCCCUCCCGGAUGACUUGCUCGAGAGUGACCGGCGGGACGGCCGGUUGUGGCUUGGCUUAGCAGCUGCUUUAACGACGGUAGCAAUUACUGGGGAAGUUUUACCUUGGGCUUUCAUCCAGCUACAUCAAAGCUGCGCUAUAAAUCCUGGGCCGUCUCAGAGGAGCCUUUACCAAUGCCCUUUCCUCUCAAGGGAGCUGCAGGCCAAGGCUGGAUGCGGCUGCAGGGUUCUCCCUGGACAGAGCAGCUGAGCGCUUGGAGCAUCGGGGGAGCCUCUGGCUGUCGGAGGGAUGGAGGGGGCUGUCCCCUCACCCCUCUUGCCUUUCCCUUGCAGGAUGGACCUCCCUGACCCUGCAGAUCCUGCUGCCCUCCCCAAGCACAUCCUGGAUGUCUGGGUCAUCGUCUUGAUCAUCCUGGCCACCAUCCUCAUCAUGACAGCCCUGGUGCUCUGCCCAGCCACUGCUGUCAUCAUCUACCGGGUACGGACUCACCCCACACGCAAUGGCAUCGUGUGAGGCUUCGAGGGACGGCCGGCUUGCUGGGCAGGGUGCCACAGCCAUGGGACCC